GGCAGGUGCGCCCGAAACAGAGACAGGCCCUCUCACACGUGUAUGACGCAUGUGUGUUGCAGAUGUCGCAGAUGAAGCCUCCAGAAGCCGGCAGCUGGACAGAGAGCCAGGUGAUGAUGUCAGCACCGGAGGACAGGGCGUGGCAGGAGAACACGCUGCCUGUCAGUGCAGCUCAGGUGUUCAGCCCCGCCCCCACCAGCAUCACGGCAUCAUGGGAAAUGGAGGGUGAGAAGAGGCCCUUCCUCCAGCAGCACUUUGUCCAAGAGGAGUGGCCAGAGGAGACGCCACAUAGAGGCCACUGCUGCAGUGAGCGCAUGGUCCUCAAGAUGGCGGUGUCCCUGGGGACAGCAGCUCUGCUCUUCCCCUUCCUGCUGUGGGGUGGAUAUGUCUUUCUGCCCUUUGAUGCUCCGGUGAUGGACGGCGCCCCCCUCAGGCUGGUCUACACUCUGCGCUGCUCAGUCUUUGCCACACUACCUAUAGCGCUGGGGUACCUGGUCCUGGGCGUGUCACGUCUCCGCUCUGGUGAAGUACAGUCUCUUUGUCACACUGAGGGUUGUGUCUCCAGAGGGCUGAAAGGAGUGGCGUCUAAUGAUGUCAGCGUACACCGGGGCUUUGUGUCUGACUCCGCCCACCUGUUCCUGCUCUACUUUAUGCAGCUGGUUGUUAUGGCGACCUACCUGAGCCAGGACCAGCUCAAAGUGGUGCCCCUGCUCACGGUGCUCUUCUGCCUCGGGCGGCUGGUGUACUGGGUAGCUGCAGCAUUCCAAAGCAGCAUCAGGGCCUUUGGGUUCGGGUUGUCCUUUCUUCCGUCCCUCGCCAUGAUGGGCAUCAAUCUGUACUUCCUGGUUACCAUGGAGAUGAGUGGUGGUGUUUUGAGCCCACCUCAGACAGAGCAGACCCUGCCUCAAGGACGCCAGCGCUUCUGGGGCUGAAUGCUGCACCAGGACUUAAGUGCUGUGCCAUUAAAUGACCAAUAAAUCAGGAUUUUGAAAAUGGUUUUAAGAAAAAGACAGCCACACCCAGAUCAAUUUGCCAGAGGUGCCUCCAUGGAAAUGUUUUUGCUGUGCAUGUCCUCAAAUUAUCUGUAAUGCUUUACAUUUUACAAAAACUCUGAUACGGGUAUUUUUAGGGAAGACACUAUAGGCAAAAACUUCUCCCCAUUUUUUUGGCAGUUAAAUAAAUAAAAUAAGAUGUCCAGAUCUGCAGAGAAAUAUAAUAAUUGAUAUUUCACCCUUUAAAGUAACACAGGCAUGCACCAAAGUACUCAUUUGUGAACUUGAUUUUGAUGAAACAUACAGAAGGAUUUUUUAAUACUUAAUUCCAAGUCUGAUUUAAUUUUUACUUAAAGAAUUUGGUGAAAUAAUGUUUUUUGACCAUUUUUUGUAAGAUGUAGUUUACUCAAACACUAAAUAAGAUAUCCAAAAUUUCCCCUGUCUGUUUCUUGUAUCUAAAAGGAGAAAAUGAAGCGAAAUAUUUUAACCUGGCACCAUCUAUUUUUGAGAUUCAUAUGUCCAAAAAUAGUUGAUACACAUACAUUUGUUUAUAUGAAAACAUUACAUGAUGAAACACUUCUCAUAUAUAUAUAUAUUUAUUACAUUUAUGUGAGUCAAUUACAAAACAAGUUUCAAACUGAUAUCUCUAAAUGUAAGAUUUUUUUGCCUAUUCACCUGCAGUACACUCUGUACACUUGAAACAGUGGAGUCAGAGAAAGAGAAAGAGCUCUGUGAGGUUCCUGUAGCUCAUGAAGACCUCUGCUCACUCAAAAGAACACAAACUUCAUCUGUGUUCAGCUGCACACUACAACACAAAACUACUAACACAACAAUACUGGAAAGCACGAUAAUCCAUAUCAACAGAAUUACAUACAAUACAAGAACUUUUUUUUUUUGAUAUAUCAGUCCGAUUUUAGUUUUAUUUUGUUAUUUUGUGUUAUGUUUUCAACCAUUUGAUUCUGAUUGUUCUUAUUGUCUUGUGGUUAGAUUAUUCUAGUUCGUACUUUUAAAAUUAAAUACAAAUGAUCAGACCUCUGUAUUUUAGUGUGAUUUAGAUUUUGUGCUGCCAUGAAUAAAUUCUGAUUAUUUAAUAAAAUGUAAAAAAAUAAAAACCGAAAAACACUGUACAUAUUUUUACUUGUUUGUUAAUUAAUGUGCUAAUUAAGUUUACACACUAUUUAAUUAUGUGCGUCACAAUUAGGCGCUAGAACAACGGGUAACAUCUUUACUUUGACUACAACUUUAUUCUUGUAAAAUUACAAAUUUUAUGUGGAAAUGUUUCCACUUUAACUGCCUGCAUAAUACUGUAUUUAUUUUUAAUCUGACCCUUAUACUGUUGUACCAUAGUGCUUUAUCUGUGGAAAAUAAA